AUUGGUUUUGCUCGACAUUAUGUACACGAGUGCACACUCACCAUGCCCAUCCGAUCCGAUCCGAGUGAUGUAUAUGGGUGCGUGUCUGUUUUUAUAAAUAAGUGGGCUCAAAUAAAGAGCCUCUAAGCAACAUGAACUUCUCGUGGCUCACCAUCUUCGUCCUGGCCCUCUUCGCCAUGACUGUUUCGGCCCUGAAAUGCCCAGCUAACUUCCAGAGUGACGGUGGCCGGUGCACCGUGCGCACCAUUCGAGGAGAGUGCCCCCAGGGAUCCCAAUACAGUGCCAAAAUCAACAGGUGUAUCCUCAAGAACUAAAUAAAUAAAUAAGAAGUAAAACCUAA